AUGGCCCCAGUCGCUACUACCCAGCAAUACGCCCCUUCUGUAGCGGAGGUCCAGAAGUAUGAUAUCCUCGAGGACUACAAGGGCAGCUACCGGUUUGCGCCGAUCGAAGAGGCGCAGGUGUCGAGGGCCAUGAUCAAGCGGUACUUCAACACCAUGUACGAGAGGGCUAUCUCGGAUGUCGUCAUUGUCGGUGCAGGCAGCGCAGGAUUAUCGUGUGCAUAUCGCCUCGCAAACAGUCGCCCAGACCUGAAGAUCACCAUCAUCGAGGCGAACGUUGCCCCAGGAGGCGGAGCGUGGCUAGGAGGACAGCUGAUGACGCCCAUGGUCAUCCGAAAACCAGCAGACCGCUUCCUCCGCGAGAUAGGCGUCCCGUACGAGGACGAAGGCGCCUUCGUCGUCGUCAAGCACGCCGCACUCUUCACCUCCACUCUGCUGUCCAAGGUGCUCGCCAUGGACAACGUCGCAUUGAUGAAUGCGACCGCAGUAGAGGACCUGAUCAUCGUGAAGGACUUCGAGGGCAAACAGCGCGUCGCAGGCGUCGUCACGAACUGGACGCUCGUCGCGCUGAACCACGACACGCAGUCGUGCAUGGACCCAAACACGAUCACGGCGCCUGUCGUCAUCUCUGCGACAGGCCACGAUGGUCCGAUGGGGGCGUUCUCUGCGAAGCGCAUGGUUAGCGCGGGUUUGCUGAAGGAGUUGGGGAAUAUGCGGGGAUUGGAUAUGAAUCGCGCUGAGCCGGCCAUCGUGAACGGCACUCGUGAGGUUACGCCUGGGCUCAUCCUGACUGGCAUGGAGCUUUCCGAACACGAUGGUUCGAACAGAAUGGGUCCGACAUUUGGUGCCAUGAUCGCGAGUGGUGUUAAAGCCGCCCAGGAAGCCAUGAAAAUCUUGGACAGUGCUGAGGUGGUUGGAGGCAAGUUUGUAGGUAGGGUGGCCGCCUAA